CAGAAAUCAUUUUCCCGUUUACAGUCGCAGAUACGCCACGGCAAUUCGCAGUCCCAGUGUAGCGGUCAUUUUUUUUCCAGUGCGACUCCUCCAAACAAAAGCGAAGUGGAAAAAUAGGCGAAGAUAAAGGAAACCCAAGAGCGAAACUCCAAAUUGCGAAUCAGCAAAGGAUCAAUGGCAACGAAAUAAGUAAAAGAACCAGUGCGAACAAUGUGCGAAAAGUGGGAAACGCGAGCGGCGUGGUCGUUUCCGUCGGAGAGCGGAUAAUAUAGCACAUAGUAGUAUAUUGUAGUAGUGGAUGUGGAUGGUGUGGAACGAUUGCGAACGGACGCAGACCGAAACAAAAGUGAAAACGUGCAAAAAACCAAACCCAAAAACAAAUUCAACCGAGAAGUAGAAGCAAGCGGCAAAGAAGAGAGCGAGAGGGCGACCAAUACAAAAGCGACAAAAUGUGCGACGCUGCGGCGGCAACAGCGACAACAACAACAACAGCAGCAGUAGCAGCAGCCGUCGCAACAACAACAGCAUCGGUAGCAUUGGAGGCCACAGCGACACAGCCUGGAACGACAACGACGACGGUAGCCACUGCGUCAGCGGGAACCACAUCCCCUGAAGCGGCCAUUCCAACAGCAGCAACAGCAACAUCGGCGAGAAACAGCAACAGCGAACGGUCGGCGCGACAAAACUGCUGUCGCCUGUGCAUCGCCCCACAAACCGAAUGCAUCUCGAUCAUCAAUAGCUAUGCGGCCGACAAGGAGCCGCUGUCCACCAAGAUCCACAACUGCGUCGGCAUCAAGGUUACACCGCAGGAUCGGCUGUCGCAGCAAAUUUGCCACGCCUGCAUCAGUUACCUGAACUCAUGGCAGAGCUUCAAGAACCGGUGCUUCAGCUCGCAAGCGAAGCAGCGCCAGUGGCUGGAUACCAACAAGAGCAAGCUCCUCAACUACCUGGACCUGAACAGUGCCGAGAAUGGGGGAGGAGGCUUCUUCGAUCAGCAUCUGCAUCAACAACAGCAACACCACCAGCACUUGGAGAAUGAGCUCGAAGCGGAGAAGGAGAAGGCGACGCCAACGGCCGCAUCGACAGCCGCCAACAUAUUGGACGGCAUACACUCGCUGAAGAAACGCAAAUCCCUAACAGUCUAUGUGAGUCCUAAACCGCAGCAGAUGCAACAGCAUCAAUUGCAGCAGUUGCAGCUGCAACCACCGGCCCGAAUGACCGCGACGAUCAGCAGUGCUCAGCAAUCGCUGCAGACCCUUCUCUUGCAGGUACCAGCAUCGGCGGCGGCUAGCUGCUCAUCCACAUCCACGUCCACCACAUCCGCAUCCCAGCAGCGGGAACAGCAGCAGCAUCAGCAGCGCCAGCAAUCUCACCAGUAUCGCAGAUACCAUCAUCAUCAUCAGCAGCAGCAGCAACAGCAGCAGCAGCAGCAUAAUCAGCGUGGCAAGCAAAUGUUGCCACAUCAUCAGCAGCAUCAGCAACAGCACCACAGACGCCAGCGACAAUUUCGCCCACAGCGUCCACUUCCAGUUCCGGUGGUCAAUCCGGCUCCAACAUUGCGCAAAUUUAAGCCAAAGCUAUAUUUGCCAUUGGACAUAACAGUUCCUCCGUUGCCACCGCUGCCAACUAUACCAUCGAUUCCAACAUUGCCCCCAGUGGGCCCGGGAUCCAUUGCUCCGCCUCCUGCUGCUGAACUGCUGCCGGGAAUUUCGGGUGUGGCUGGAAUGGUGGAGAGCCUGUCGCUGUCGCUGCCGCUUGAUUUCAGCCAGAGCUGCAGCAGCAGCGGUCACGUCCAACAUCAGCAGGCUGGUGGACUGGCCACGUCGACGACCACGUCCAAUCCGCCGGGCAGCGUCGUUUCCGCCACGCCUUCUGCAUCUGUAUCUGCUUCUGCUUCUGCUUCCGCAUCCGUAUCAACGGCUCCGCUGCUUAUGCCGCCACUGCCUGCGAUGCCCAUCAAAGAUGAGCCGAUUGAUACGGAUGACGACUAUCAGAUGAAGUCCAUAGACGAGUCCGAUGACAUGGUCGAUCCCACAAUGUUCCUAGAGCGCUCCGAGCACGAGGGUGAUGUCCCGCUGACGGCCUCGGAUUACGACUACACUGCGCAGCAUGGCGUGAAUGCUUCGUCCGUGGCUGCCUCGCUGCCGCCGAAUGCGGUGGCCAAUGUGGCAGCCGCCGGGGACUCCAAGGUGGCCAGCUGCAGGGCCUGCAGCCUGCAGUUCUCUACCCGGGCCAACGCCCGUCGCCACGAAAGGAAUCUACACCCAAACCUGUUCCAGUUGUCCACAGACUCCCCCCACAACACACCCAUCACAAAGCCAACGCCCGCUUUGGCUGCCGCCUUGGAAAUGCAACGGGCAGCGGCUGCGGCGGCCACCGCUGAGGCAAAUCGGGCAGCGGGCGCCGCUGGCGGGAAUAUCUCCACGCAAAAGUACCGCCAGGUGGUGAUGAACGCGUUCAUUAAGUGCGAGGGCGGCGGCUACGACUACGAUAAUCCCGAACAGUACCGACCAUUGCUCACCCGCGACAAAGUGGAGUUCAUUGAGCAGAACGAUGAGUUCCUCGAGCAAUACCAGACGAUGACCUGCCGAUGUUGCAACAAAUACUUCAGCACGUACAAGAACUUCAUGGCGCACGUUCGCAAGAAGUAUCCGCAGCUGCCGCGCAACCUAUGCUUCAAUUGCCUCAAGAUGAACGACUCCAAGGCGCUGUUCAUCUCGCAUCUGAAGAAGCGGAAUUGCAUAAAUCUCUUUAGAGUCUUGAAUGCGUUGCGUGGGAAAACAACGACAGUGGUUGUGCCCAUUGCAGAUGAUGUGGCAGACGAUGGAGCAACAGGAUCUAUUCCAGUUGCCGAUGCCGGAGCAGGAGUGGUGGCCAUGAAUAGUCCCACAGUGACAGCCAGCGGAGAAGUUGUUACACCCGGCGGCGGCUCCGAGCGCCCAGAGAAACUGCGCGCCAAGGAACUUCUGGUCAACAAACUGUACGAGUGCAAGCUCUGUCCCAAGGGAUUCCGCACUAAGCACGAGUUCCGAACGCAUGUCUACGACAAGCACGCAGAUGUCCAACGCAAGGAUAACAACUCGAUACAGUGCAGCUUUUGCGGACUGGACUUUGCCGAUCCCGUUGACAGACGGCGUCACUACAACAACAUGGACUGCAUUGUCCGGCUGCGCUGCAUGACGUGCGAUGCCAAGCUGGAAACGCACCAGCGAUUCCUCGAUCAUGUCUACCAGGAUCACUUGGGCGGUGUGGGUGGUGGCGCGGUCAGCGACAACGCCUCCACCACUGGCAGCGGCAUGGCCAGGAGCAACAGCAUGGAACACUCGCCGGGCAAAAGGAGCCUGCUCGGCGCCUUAGGCGUUGGUUCCUCGGCGGAGGAGUCGCGAAGCAGCAGUGCGGCUCCGCCGCUGACCUCUACACCAAAACUGGCGGGCGGUAAUCAGGUGGGUGGCGGUGGAUCGACCAGCGCUUCUGCCGCCGCAGCCGCUCAGAGCUCGGCGAAUCGGGAUGCAUCCGCACCCAAAUCCCAGUACUUCUCCCGUAUGCCGCAGGUUUGUCCCAUUUGCGGCCAGCAGUACAACAACUACAACAAUGUGCUGCGCCACAUGGAAUCGAAGCAUCCGAACAAACUGCCAGAGACAUACAAGUGCGUGCGCUGCGGACUGGGCUAUCCCCGGAUCUCCUACCUACGGGAGCACAUGAUCAAUGUGCACGGAGUGGACAAGAACCGUCACUCUGGCGGCUUCGAAUACAUCGUGAAUGCGGAUGCCGUGAAGUUGGCGGACGGAAGCACGCCGAACGUCUACACGGGUCGCUACGAUUACGUGAUGAAGGACCUGAUGUCGAUAACAAAUGGUGGGACACUCGAUGAUGAAGAGGAGGAGCCUGGCAGCGUGGCCAAGAAGAUGCGCCUGGAUGACAGUAGCAACAACAGCAGCCUGGUGGGCGUGGCUAGCCAGCAGAAGGAGUGCCCCAUCUGCAAUGCGGUGUUCAGCAACAACAUUGGCCUGUCCAAUCAUAUGCGUUCCCACUAUACGGCCUCGAAUGCAGUGAAUGCAGCCUUGGCGGCUGCCAAUCGAAUGACACCCAAAUCGCUAACGAUAACCGCAACGCCAGCAACGGAUUCGGAGUUGGGAGUUGGAGGAACAAUGUCCGAGUCGGCUCCAGCAACGCCUGCCAAUGUGCCACCGGCAAUGGCUAACCAAACGCCCCAGGAGCAGGCAGUUUUUCGCCGGAGCCUUGACCAGGCAGCCGAUCGCCGCUUCCGGCGAAUGCGAUGCCGCAUCUGCCAGCGUCGCUUCAGUUCGAAGAAGUCCUAUCGCUACCACAUGCUCACCGAUCAUCAGGUGCAGAAUGUGCAGUUCAUCAAAUGCAAGCUGUGCAACGCAGAGUUUGCCUACGAGAAGGGCCUGAAGGUGCAUCUGUUUAAGGUGCACGGAAAGGCCAUCAAGGAUGAAAUGAUUAUCAAGCAGUUCGAGUGUGACGUUUGCUCGAUUGUCUAUAGUUCAGAGUCGGAGCUGCAGCAGCACAAACGCAGCGUUCACAAGCUGACAUCCGCCUCCGCUUCCACUUCGGCGUCCACGUCCUCCAAGAUUGACGACGACUCUCUAAUGGAUGAUGGCAAGCCGACAUCAUCGGAUCUAGCUGAUCUCUCUACCCUCGCAGCGGGUGGAUCAACUGCAUCUGCUCCACUGUACUGGUACCAGUGCAAGUACUGUCCAUCAAACUUUAACACCAACAAGAAGCUGGCCAUCCACAUCAACUCGCAUGACGAGUUUGACUCGAACGAUUAUUCCUGCAAAGAUUGCGGAAAUGUCUACAGCGGACGCAAGAGUCUAUGGGUUCAUCGCUAUAAGAAGCAUCCGCAAGUGCCCAACCCAGCUGAGUGCUCGCUGUGCCGCAAGGUCUUUUUCGACCGCCAGAUGCACGACAACCACACACCCACCUGCAACCGCAAGCCGAUCACCUCGACAGGUGCCCACCAGCAGCAGGAUGGACAACUGCAUUCGCACCACACGGCCAAAAGAACAAUUUUCCGGCAUAAGACCGGCGAUGACGAUGACGAGGAGGAUGACGAUGAGCAGCAGCAACUGGAGGAGAGGGCAAAUAGCGAUGGCAAUGGCACCACUGUGGGAGUGGCGUCGGGCAGUACUGCAGCUGCGGGCACGUCACUAAAGAUCCGCAUUCCGGAGGUGGCGUGCACUAUUUGCGGUGCUCGCUUCACCGACCAGGAGCACUUUAGCAAGCACAUCCAGAAGCACGAGCAAGAGCUGUACGUGGACAAUCCGCUGGCGGCGAUGUUCGAUGAUGGGCCGGCGGAUGCCGGUCAGUUCCAGGUGGAGCGGCAGAACGAGAACGGGGAAUACGCGUGCGAUUUGUGCGCCAAGACGUUCCCCCAGGUGAUCGCACUCAAGGUGCAUCGCAAGUGGCAUUUCAGAGGUGAUAGCAAGCAGAACCCCAUCGACGGCGAAGCGACACAGUUGACCAACAACAAUCACACAACCAACAACAACAACAACAACUCGAUGCACCUCCGCGAGCUGCAUGCGGUGGGCCUGAUGCCCAACCAGCAGCAGCAGAGCCUCAACAACUCGUGCAACAGCAGCAUGAACCACAACAACAACAGCAGCAGCAACCGCAGCAAGUCGAUGAAGCGGAAACGUGAGCUGAAAUGCGAAUACUGCGCCUCCACCUUCAUCAGCAAUAACAAUCUGCGUCGCCACAUGUACGAGCUGCACAAACACGAGGUAAGCAAUCUGCCCGAGCCUCCGGUGAUUGUGGUGGACGAUCACCUCACCUGCCGUCGCUGUCAGUUGAAGUUCGACACAAAGGAGCUGUGGAUCGAGCACAAGCUGGCCGAUGCAAAGGUGGUGCGACCUUUCUGCCCCUUCCAGUGGGGCUGUGAUCUGUGCGGCGAGUAUUUGUCGCGCAAGGAGAAGCUAAUGAAUCACAUUAACAACCAUUUGAAGGAGGAGGUCAUAGUGCCAGUAGCCACUAAGGCGGCCAUAGAGAGAACAGCGGCCAUGGAAUCAGCGGCAGCAGAUGCGAAUGCAGCGGCGACACUAUCAGCAUUGGGCGAAGGAGCCGAAACUGAAGAUCAGUUUGCAGAGAAGGUUGAGGCUGCAGGGGCAACAACAACAGAUAAGUUGACGAAUCCCGACGAGGAGGAUAGCGAUGAUUUGGAUGAGGAUAGCUCGGGCGACGACGAUGAUAGUUCGGGGACGGGAGAUGAUGACGAUGACGACGACAGCGACGAUGAUGAGGAUGGCGAGGGUGAAGAUGAGGACGAGGAGGGAGAUGGUGGCGAAGGCGAGGACGAAGAGGGUGUCCAGCCACCCGCUCAACUUUUGCCGCAGCAGCAACACAAAACGGAUCUUAAUCUUAACCAGGACGACGAUGAUCUCGUCGAGGAGGUCAUCAGCUCCGAUGACGACGAGGACGAUGAUGGAGAGGUGGAAAGCGACGAUGACGACGAAGAUGAUGAUGAUGAGGAGGACGAUGUGGAGGAGCCGGAGCCAGUUGGAUUGACGGUGCGACCGCUAAUGAAUGGCAAAUCAAAGAUGCCGCCGCUAAUAGUGGCCAGUUCGGAUGAUGAAGACGAUGGUGUGAUGCCCAUAGAGGACAUUAUCGAAGAGGAGUUCGAUGAGGAUGCCGAUCCAGAUCCGGAGGAUGCCAUUGAGGAGGUAGACGAAGAUGAUUUAGAUGAGGGGGAAGUGGAGGACGAGCCGAAUGUGGUGUCGACGGCCUCCUUCUCGGAGAGCGAGUCCAGCACAACGACCACGUCCAAUUCGCAUUCGCAUUCGCAUUCAACGGGUGAGCGGCGUAAGAAGGCCGUCGAUCAGUUGAAUGAUCCCGGCUUUACCUGUGAUCUAUGUCAACUUUGUUUCGAUUCUCAGGAGCUUCUCCAGAGCCACAUCAAAAGCCAUAUCCUCAAUGGGCCAAAGCUCUCGACAGUGUCAGCAGCAGCAGCAGCAGCAGCAGCCGCCGCCACAGCAAGCAGCAAGGCAACAGCAUUACUAACGGCAGCAAAGGCGAAGCCUGACUCCAAGUCAGCGGUGCUGGCCAACAAUAAUAACAGCAAGACAAGCAGUAAGACUGUGGCAGCAGGUGCGACAAAUUGAGUGAUCAUACUCCAACUACAACUCCAACUACCACUACCACUACCAACCACAACUACCAACCACACCUCAUCAUCUCAAUGCAAAAUCACUUGAAAUGUACAAAGCCAAUCCAAUCAGACACCGCCAUCAUCCAUCUCAUCAUACUCGUAAUCAUCAUUCGAACAAUGAAUACAUCAGCAGCCACAUAAACAUCAGCAACGCAUUCCAUCAACAAAUCAGCCACGUUUAUGUAUAGCACGAGAUGCGUGUGUGUGCGUGUGUGUUUAUAUAACAAAACUUUUUUUUCUUGCUUCUAGUCUUAAGAACUUAAAUUACAUAUAUGUACAUCAUAUAUAAGACUUUUUUUUUAAAUGUUAACCUAGUAUGUACCGCGCACACACCCACACACAAAGCAAAUUAUGGGAACCAUAGACAUCCCUCUACUGCUAAGUUUCGCUAUUAAAACUAUAUAUAUAUAUAUAUAAAUAUAUAUACAUACAUUGAUAUAGUAGGAUUAAGCAUAUAGAAAAGUACGUCUUAAUAUGUUACACAUCAAUUAACAAGCAAAAAGAAAAAGUUUACGACGCACCAAAGCAAGCGACAGAAAACGCAAGGGAAACCGCUCAGUUAGAGUUAGUAAAAACUAUCAGGAUUUUCAAGUAUUUCACACAACACCAUGACACUCCCAAAAAAAAAAAAAAAAAAAAACAAAAAAAACACAAACACAUCGCGAAACUUUUGAAGACGUUUAUUUUUCUCAUAUUUGUAAGCCUUGGUCUUUCCAAAAUUUUGAAUUCAAUUUAAAGCUUUCACGAAGACCUUCGAAUUAUAACAAUUUCAUUUCGUUUUCAGUGACUUUUCAUAGAAGUCUGACUUAAAUUUGACAAUUUGGAAUACUGAAAUUCUAUGUCCAGACAUCUUAACAAAAUGAAGAAUAUUUUACUAGUUUUUUUAUCCCACAAACAUGUGUUUCUAAAUAACACUUAUUUCUAAACGAGAAUUUUUAAUCAAGAAAGCUUUGUUUUGUUUCAUUUUGUUUUAAUCAUGUUUAUGAAAGCAGAAAAUAAAUUUGUAGUCGGAUGUGUUUAAAAUAUACGCCGGAUGUACGUACGCCUUCGAAAUCAUAUUGGAAUAAAGAUUAUAUUACUAAUUUUCUAUCCGAUGAACACACGUAUUUCUGAAUAACUUUAAUUUCUAAUCAUUAAUUUUCAAUAAAGAAAGCUUUGUUUUGUUUUUACCACGUUUAUGAGAGCCGAGAAUAAAUUCUUGGUCGGAUGUAUUCAACGCCUUCGAAAUCAAGUUGAUGUGCACGGAAGACCAAGGCCAGUAGUGGAUCCAUACUUAGAACCGUAUUUACAUAGAUUGAGAUUGAUUCAUAUGGCUUAUAUAAAGAUUCAGCAUAAUCUGUACAUUACCUAUAUUUCACAACCUACAACCAACCACACGCAUGCGCACACAACUUCAGCAAACAUAUAUAGACAGAACUAAUAAUGGCGACAUUAUAAAUAAACUAGCUUAAGCCACUUCUAAACUGUAACUGGAAAUGUAGUCUAAAACGUACAAAAUAAAUUAAAGCAAAUGCAGAACGCAGAAUUAUAUAAGCAAACUUUUGUCCCUCACGCGUUGAAGAAUCGAAAAGAAAAGUAAUAAAAGAAAUGUAAAC